UUUGGCAAGACCAAGAUUCCAAACAAAGUAUUUUUACACCCACAUGGUACGGUAAAAUUGUUUCCGCUUUAUACCCAGAAGAAAAAUCAGUCAAAUAUGAUUUUGGAUAUUGCAGAUUAUUGGUGGCCUGAGAAAUCUAAAAUGUGUCUUCCACACCUUGGGUUAGAAUGAAAUAUAUUCAGGUUCAAUUAACAAUGGGAGUGUCCAUCUUUGGUAAUUUUAGGAAUGAUGUGAGGAUAUGGGGGCUAAGAGGUGGGUCAGAUAAUUAUUUAGGAAUGUGGCAGUACACCUCCCUAGUUCAAGUUUUACCUGAUUUCUGUUUCGCUACAUCCGUAUCUGUUUACUUGCAAUUUUUCUGUUUGUGAGCAAGUGCUGGAACUCCAGGGACAGGUUGAAACUGAAAACACCUGCUGAUAGUUCUACCAGGGUGGGGAGGGAAAAACCUCUCAGGAUGGUCGACGUCUUUGCUUAUCAGAGUUCACAGGUAGACUGGUGUGAAGACAAUUUUCAGUAUUCAGAGAAUGUUGCCGAGUUUUACAACAUGGCCAGCAAUGUGAGUUUCUUUAUAUCUGUGCCUAUAAUGAUGUAUCUGUGGCAUCCUUAUGCACAAAAGAGGAACAAAGCUGUGUAUCUCCUCUGGGUCAUGGUAAUGUUAGUCGGCUCUUUCUCCGCUUACUACCACAUGACCCUGAGCUACUUUGGUCAGCUACUCGAUGAAUUAUCCAUCUUGUGGGUUUUGGCCUUUGCCUACAUGCUAUGGUUUCCCAAAAGACAUUUGCCCAAGCCCAUUAAAAACAGGAAGGUGUUUUCAUUGGUGGUCUGUCUUGUUGCGCUGAUCAGCACAGUCCUGUCGUUUCUUAAGCCCGUGGUGAAUGCGUACGCUCUGAACAGCAUUGCCUUGCACAUUCUUUACCAGAUCACACUCGAACUGAAAAGGCACGUGCUAAUUAACAUGGCGGCUAUCCAUGGGAUAACGCUCUUUGCGUAUUUCGACGCGGUGUAUGAAAUACCUGAGACCAGCCCAGAGGUGAAGUAUUGGCCAGAGCGGUGGGGAUAUCUUGGACUGCCAUAUCUUGCCAUUAAAUCCAAGGACUCUCUGAAAAAGACCUGUUGACGGGAAUAUGCGUAUUGUCCAACCAUAAAAAACACUUUAUUAAUCUAUGCCUACAGUUAUUAUCUGUCAAGGGAAUUUUAAUUAUGGCCAAUGGGCACAAAAUGCUGGAGUAACUCAGCGGGGCAGGCAGCAUCUCUGGAGAGAAGGAAUGGGUGACGUUUCGGGUCGUGACCCUUCUUCAGUCUGGGACUCGAUCUGAAGAAGUGUCUCGACCCGAAACGUCACCGAUCCCUUUAUUACACAUAGUCUGAGAUCUGGUAACAGCAGAUGACACAGGAGUCACGGUAGCAAUUAACAGCUGCUGAACUCCAUCAUCUAUGGGGUUAGGAGGAAGAAAUAGAUCAGCAAUGAUUGAAUGACAGAGUAGACGAUGGGUCGAAUGACCUUAUGAUCUAUCCAGUUCACUUGGGGAACAGAAAUGUCGCACAUUAUGUUACUCCAGCAUUUUGUGUCUCAUACCUGCAGUUCUGCAGUUUUAAUCUUUUUAAAGUUUUAAUCUUUUGAAUGCAGUUUAAAAUCUGCAGUUUUAACCAGUUUCUGCCGUUCCUUUUCUACACUUUUAAUUGUGGUUGUUGGAAAGACUCUAAUCUGAAAAUGAUUUCUUUCUCUUUUACUUCCAUUGUUUAUUAGUAAGGGGAUUUAGAUCUUGCCAAUUUUAAAAUCCGACCCGGUUUAUUUCUGUUUUAAUUGCGUUCGAAUGAGUGUGAUUUUUGUGAAUUUUCUCUUCAUUGAGAACUUUAGAGAUACUGUUAUUAAAGCCUUUGUAACCCAAUGUCAGUAUAAAAAGCAGAAGUUUGUAGGAAACACUAAGGAGGUCGGGCAUCACCUUUGGAAAAAUAAACAGUGAAGGGCCUGUCCCACUUGCCGAUUUUUUUCAGCGACUGCCGGCAUCAUUGACUGACUUAUCAGGUCACCGAGAAAUUCGUGGCGUGAUGACGUAUUGACGCGGUGUUUCUUCAAGUGUCGCAACAUUUUUUUUGUCGCCGCUAGGUUUUGAAAUGUUCAGAAUCUUUUGGCGACACUGAUAUGAUGCCGACAUUCGCCGAAAAAAAUCGCCAAGUGGAACAGGCCCUGGGUUUUCUCCGGGUGCUCCGGUUUCCGCCUACACUCCAAAGAUGCGUAGGUUUGUAGGUUAAUUGGCUUCGGUAAAAAAUGUAAAUUGCCCCUAGUUUGUGUUGGAUAGUGUUAAUGUGCGGGGAUCGCUGGCCAGCGCGGACUCGGUGGGCACAAUAGCUUGUUUCCGCACACUGCACCACUAAACUAAACUAAACUAAACUAAACCUGCCAAAAUAAUUUUAGAGGCACAUCCCAUGUAGAACUCGACCCAAUAUUCUAUCCCUUUCUCUGUAGACAAGCAAAGCAAAUUUCUUCAUUUGCAGCAAGAGGCUUUACUGCAGAUACGGAUUCUAGGAGUACAACUUCUAGGUGCAACUGGCAGUUCAGUUCAGUUUAGUUUAUUGUCACGUGUACCGAGGUGCAGUGAAAAGCUUUUGCUGCGUGCUAUCCAGUCAGCAGAAAGACAAUACAUGAGUGCAAUCAUUUACAGCGUAUAGAUACAUGCUAAGGGAAUAACGUUUAGUGUCAGGUAAAGCCCAGUAAAGUCCAAUCAAGGAUAGUCCAAGGGUCACCAAUGAGGUAGAUAGUAGUUCAGGACUGCUGAGUAUGCUCUUUCAGAAAAUGUUUAUCUUCGCCACUUCAGUUUGGGGAUUACUGAUUCUAUAUUUGAAGUUAGAAAAUUGAAAUCCCAAAACAGAACAGUACAUUGGAAUAGAGUGAGUAAAUGCACAGUCUCUUGUCCAGAGUAGGGCAAUCGAGGACCAGAGGACAUGGGUUGAAGAUGAGGGGGUAACAUUUUAAUGGGAACCUGAGGGGUAACUUUUUUCUGCACAAAGGGAGGAGGGUGCAUGGAAUGAGCUGCCGGAGGAGGUCGUUGAGGCAGGUACUAUCGCAGCAUUUAAGAGACACAUUUGGACAGGUUCAUGGAUAGGAUAGGUUUAGUGGAAAAUGGGCCAAGUACAGGCAGGUGGGACAAGUGCAGAUGGGACGUUGGUCGGCGUGGGCAAGUUGGGGGAGGGGGGGAGGGCCUGUUUCUACGCUCUAUGACUCCAUGGGUGUCGAGGUUUAUGGGGAGAAGGCAGGAGAAUGGGGUUAGGAGAAAUAGAAUAGAUCAGCCUGAUGGGCCGAAUGGUAUAAUUCUGCACCUAUCACUUAUGACCUCAUGACUCAAUCCCCUGUAACAAAACUUGACUAAGAACGUGUGUAAAUCUCUGCUCGAUACGAGAAGGCGCAGUGUCGGGAAUUUAAUCUCCACUUGCUUACUUUGCUUGGGAUCAUUACCGGCCAGUUUGCACUCUCAUCUCAUUCAUUUCCCCUUGGAAGUUACUGGUGACGGCCCCUUCUGAGUCCCUGCUGCUUCUUAAUUGCUUUACAACUUCUAAGAGCUUUCUAAAGGAAGGCAAAAACUUCUGAUAGACACAAAAAGCUGGAGAAACUCAGUGGGUCAGACAGCACCUCUGGAGAAAACGAAUAUCCCUACUCCUUCUCUCCAGAGAUGCUGCCCGACCCGCUGAGUUACUCCAGCUUUAUGUGUUUUAUCUUCGGUUUGAACCAGCAUCUGCAGUUCCUUCCCAAACAAAAACGAACCUGAUUCUGGUCUGGUCUGGUCGACCCAUUCAUUUUCUCACCAAGUCUCUGCUUUCUGCCUCCUUACUUUUUAAACCCACCCACAGCCCCAGAGAGUCCAUGAAAAGACAAAAAGCUGGAGCAAUUCAGGUGCGGGACAAGCAGCAUCUCUGGAGAGAAGGAAUGGGUGAUGUUUCGGGUCGGGACCCUUCUUCAGACUGUCUAAUGUUCCAUUUGGUUGCGUUCCCAAAACCCAUAAUUACACCUGUCACCCUUGCCGCUCAUGUGGCCCACUGGCGUGAUAUCCCGCCCCUUGUUUGAGGGGCGUCUCCACCCCCCCCCCCCAAUGUGCAGCAGCGGAAGAACCCUAGACUGUGGUCCUCCCCCACAGAGCCUUGCCUUUGGCUGCACUGAGCUUCAGUGCCUCCUUCACCACCUACUGUGACUCAGAUCAAUCAGCUACAGAGGGCCAUAAAACAGCUCUGUUGUUUAUCUCAUGGCUAACUUCACAAACAAUCGUGGGCCCAUCAAUCUGUCUCAUGGCCCGCUGUCGGUUUUACGACAUGGACAGUUCCUGUGUCGGCCACUUGUUGCCACUCUCAAGUGUGAUUUCCUGUAUCUCACCUCCUUCAGACCUCGGCUUCCUUGGUCCUUUGCUAUGAACUCUGCUGAAUUUCCUGGAAUUCACUACACGUGCUUCCACAAUAUCUCUUGCUAUCCCUUCUGCAGGAGCUGUGAUAUCGCAGUUACUUUGGUAUCUUUGCCAUUCUCUCAGUCCCCACCACAUUUGAGCCUUAUCUCUGUCAUGCCCUUCCCCGACUGAUAUUUAAUAUUUUGCCUGGAUGACAUUGUAGAUUUUUUUCUGGCAUUAGAAUUUUGUUAGUUUAAAGUUUUUUCUUGCACAUUAAAUGUUAGAUUCUAACUGGAGAAUAAAUCCAAGGGAAUGAAUGAAUGAAUGAUACUUGAUUGCCACAUGUUCAGUUUCAGUUUAGUUUAUUGUCACGUGUACCGAGGUACAGUGAAAAACCUUUGUUGCGUGCUAUCCAGUCAGCAGAAAGACAAUACAUGAUUACCAUCGAGCCAUUUACAGUGCAUAAGAAAUGUUGCUUUUUUAGUUUUAUUUUUAGAGAUACAGCGCAGAAACAGGCCCUUGUGGCCCACCGAGUCCGCGCCGACCAGCGAUCCCCGCACAUUAAUACUAUACUAUACCCACUAGGGACAGUUUUUACAUUUACCAAGCCAAUUAACCUACAUAGCUGUACGUCUUUGGAGUGUGGGAUGAAAUCGAAGAUCUCGGAGAAAUCCCACGCAGUUUACAGGUAGAACGUACAAACUCCAAACAGACAGCACCCGUAGUCAGGAUCGAACCCGGGUCUCCGGCGCUGCAUUGGCUGUAAGGCAGCAACUCUACCGCUGCACCACCGUGCCACUCGGAAACACCAAUUUCUGUUGUCGGAGUAGAGAUUUAAGAGUGUGGAGCGAUUGUAAUAUGUGAUUGUAGAUACGCUUCCGUGGCCAGCACGCAAAUAGUCGCCUGCGCUGGACGCCAUCUUGGACGUUUUAUGACGGCUCACAGUGAGAUCCUUUGCCCAACAUAUGCAAAGAGUCGCUACAUAAAGGGCGCCGACAAUGUUACUAAGUAUUUAAUUUUACCCACAACCAUUUCUAACACAUUCCAUUCAUGGUUCCCCCUUGGUUGACGGAGCUCCCCCCAUGCCGGGUCCUCCUUUGUUCUCACCCCAACCCAACUGUUUGGGAUUUGGUUUAACGAUGAGAGUCUGGACAAUUAAUGUAGGUGCAUGAUUACGGCUGGACCACCACAGAUGUCACAGAGAGACCAGAUACUCGCGAAGAACCAACUUGAAUCAUGAACAUUGAUCUAUAGUGGCACAAGUGUAUUAUCAUGUGUAUGGUACCAAUGGUAGGACAUUGAUGGCUUUCUAAAUAAACCAGUUUUGUCUAAAA